UAUUACCGUUGGGGUUAGAGUUCAGUAAAUAUUGAUGAUGUCAUCGUCUGAAGAUGGCUGAAGGAGAAAAUUGGUGGGGAGGGUGGUUUCAGCAAAGCAUUCAGGCCGUCAAAGAUAAGUCGUCUGAGGCCUAUGAAUUCAUAAAACGAGAUCUGACAGAGUUCUCCAAUGUUGUACAACAUGACACUGCCUGCUCAAUUGUGGCCACAGCCAGCGCUGUCAGAAACAAACUUGCGGUUGAGGGCUCCUCAGAGACGACAGAAAAGGUGAAGAAAGGACUUUCCAGUUUCCUAGGGGUGAUAACAGACACUCUAGCCCCUCCCCCGGACAUGACAAUCGACUGUGAUGUCAUCACACUCGUGGCGACCCCGGCAGGAACCACCGAGAUCUACGACAGCAACAAGGCUCGACUCUACAGCCUCCAGGCCGACCCGGCGACCUACUGCAACGAGCCUGAUGGUCCCCUCGAGCAAUUUGACAACUGGCUGUCCAGUUUCAGUAUGGAGGAGAAAAAGGGAGAAGUAUCAGAGCUUCUGGUCAACAGUCCCUCUAUACGUGCCCUAUACAAUAAAAUGGUGCCAGCAGCAGUGGCUCAUUCAGAAUUCUGGCAGAGAUAUUUCUACAAGGUCUUUCAGUUGGAACAGGAGGAGGCGAGGAGGCUGGCCUUAAAGCAGAGAGCCGAGCAGACCACCCACUCGGAGACCCUGGGAUGGGAGGAGGAGGAGGAAGACGACUUCCUGGGCGCAACGUCGUCCAGACUGGAUUUCACGCCCCCGCUUGACCCCCACCAUCACAACACCAGCGAUGGCGCCGCCGCACAGCCCUCCCCGUCCAGCACGACAAGCCCCGUCAUGUCCCCCUGCGGCGAGCGGGACGCCGCCAUGUCGGUCAGCAGCGACAGCGUCAGCCUCCCAACGCAGCUGGAGGUCCUGAAGCCCGAGCCCACCGCCGCCAACGCCGCCACCGCUACAGAGCUGGUGCCCCAAAUGUCCAAGGUGCACCUGGAGAAACCCCCAUCAGACCAGACGCAGGAGGACCAGAGCCCCGCCCUGAACCUUCCUCCACCCGCCCCGGCCCGGCCAGAGGCCAAAGCCCAGCUAGAGAAGACCGGGGACCGGGCCCCGACCCGGGCCUCUGGCGCUGCCCCGAGACCCGAAACCACGAAGGAAGAAGGACCCCAGGACCUGAGGGUGUUUGAGCUGAACUCCGACAGCGGGAAGUCCACGCCAUCCAACAACGGCAAGAAAGGUUCCAGCACGGACGUGAGUGAGGACUGGGAGAAGGACUUUGACCUGGACAUGACAGAGGAGGAGGUCCAACUGGCCCUGUCUAAAGUAGAGGCCUCCGGAGAGCUGGACGAAGACUGGGAGAACUGGGACUGAUGGGAGAGCUUGCCGUAUGCAGUAUGUCCACAAUUAAAAACAAAAAAAAAGCUAGUUCCCGGCAGACGAACCAUGCUUAACGUGUUUUCACUCCUUGUCUAUUUUGCCACCAUGUCAUGAAUGCUCGUGAAUUGGGGGUUGGGGGAGGGGGGGUUGACCAGCGGGCUUCGCUCAAACGAACCGGUUGGUUUGGGGGGUUGGGGAGCAGAGUUUGACGUGCGAAGACAGACCAAAGGCAAUCCGAUUUAGACUGAGCGACCCACUACCAGCUAGACCAAUAGCAGUUCAGUUCUAAUACCAAUACGGGCAAAGGCUGGGCUUCUGAUCAAGCCCACCGCAACGACUAGUCGAGACGUAUUUAACGUUGCCCCUGGCGACGAUGAGAAGAGGCUGUAUAUCUUUUAUUUCCUUUUCCUUUCCUUUCUCUCUCUCAUGCCAAUAAAUACAAUAAGAUGCGCUGUUGCCUGCAUUGGUGCACAGGACAGAGAGUGAGGCGGCAGAAUAGGCGUAGGCCGUAUCCUCGCUUUAUCGCCCUUUUCAAGAAGAAAUUAUUCAAAGGGUUGCUCUUGAAAAGAAACGGUUGUCUUUACUUUUUCUGGUUUUUCUAUCACCCCUGGUGGUUUGAGAAUCCCUUCACGUUAUGCAACUGAAUAUUUAAAAAGGGUGGAAUACGGUCACCAUGUAUUGAGCUUCUACCGAUGGAGAUCUUCUCCUAGUGAAAUGGCCUUGUAGCGUCACAGGGCUACCUAGUGUGUUUAAUGCUCUGAUUCAAAAACACACCAUGUUUCUUCAUCUUUAUGGAAUUUGGUCAUGCUUUAAUGCCAAUCCGUGGACAUGAAUCCAUAUGUAAAGGCAUCAGAGGAAAACCUUGAGUUAUAUAUUCUGUAAAUGUCUUAGCACAACAUUUAACAUCUAUUAGUUUACUAUUGUUUGAUGCAGGAAGAGGCAUCCUAUGUCAAUGUUGGCUCAAUAAAGAGAACACACACUAUCCCCGGUGUCUGGGUACCAGCCAGUCCUGGACCCAGAGCUGAGCACCCUGGCCGUCGGGUUAUAAAGACACAAGCCUGGAUGUUAAGCGUCUCCGCUUGUUUGGAACGAGUGUCUGACAAGCAGAGCUCCGGGGUUGUUAGUGAAAGCUUGCUUAAUGCUCUUGUAACAAAGUUUCAUAUUUCCAUCAUGUGUAUUGUCAUCAAUCUACUAUGGGGUGUAGUAUUUAUAUAUAUAUAUAUAUGUAUAUGCUUGAUCAUAUGAUAUGUAUGAUUUGCUUUGUAUUGCAUAUCUGUGCGAUAACAUGCAAUAGCUGACUGAGGGUAACUGUUGUAUGUCUUUUGGUGUAGAAAGGUCUUCAGCUGGUCUUUGGGUUUUGUGUUUAGAGCCAAUGUUGCAUGUCUUGGAUUAUUUCUAUGUAUUCACAAUUUGCACCUUCAACUAAUCAGAGCUGUGCUUUUCUUUUUUUUUUUACUCUCGUUUUCCCCAUCAAUGAGCUGUAAUUAAAGAAUCAAUGGCUAAUGGCA